AUGGCUGACCGAGGGACCCCCCAGCCUGCCCGCUCAUCUUCCAGCAUGUCCAUGCAGUCUGAUUCAGAGAAGGAUCACUCCAAGAGCAAACUCAUUUCCUCCACACCGGUCCCCAGUGACGUCUCCCUAGAAGUGCCAGAGGUUCCAGUUGAGAAAGAGAAGCCUGUCUCAAAGGUGGAUGUUUCAGCAGAGGAAGCAGAUUCCUACACGCAACGGCUGAGAGAAGCAUUUAAACAGCGUUUAGUUUUGAGUGGUGUAUCAAAGGAGUCCUGGACAGAGGAAAGUGAGCGUGCCUUGGAUAAAUUCAUCUCAGACUCUUCUGUCAGGCUUCUCGUUGUCUACCAUGACCCUUUCACCAGCCUACGCGUGGACUACGCCAUACCAGCUCAGGUGGUUGAGCACAUGUCCUACUUCAUUCGGGCAGAGGACAGUAUAAUCACAGAGGAGAGUUUUAGGAGCACGGUGCAGUUUGGUUCUGUAAGGGGAGGGGCCAUAGAGGGUCUCCUCAGGCUGAUGAAUGGUGUUCACACCCCUCAGGUCACCCUCAGCACUGCCUGGCCAGAGACCGCCAAAAACAACUACUCUGUAGAAUUACACCGCUUCCUCAGCAAACUUACAGACAGCAGAUUUAAACUGCUGGGCAGCACUGUGCUGUACGUCCCUCUGGAGGCUCUGCAGCACCGCCCAGAGGAGGCUGUCACCAACAAGAGUCUGGUGCAACGCCUAGAGAUGGUGAUGAUCCACUGGACACGUCAAAUAAAAGCAGUGCUGAGCGCUCAACCUGUGAGUGACAUAGGAGACACCUCGGGCCUCCUGGAGGAGAUCUCUUUCUGGAAGAGCCGCUGUGCUGAUCUGGACAGCAUUAGUAAGCAGCUGCAGAAACCUGGAGUCUGUCAUAUACAGGCGAUUCUGCAGCUCUACACGUCAACCUACAUCCCACCCUUCUGUAAACUAGCCAAGCAGAUCCAGGAUAGUACUUUGCAGGCUCAGUCAAACGUCUCCUUCCUGUCCCUACUGAAAGAGCCAUGUGAGGAGCUGGCUCAGCUUAAACCUCGUGAGAUUGCACCCAAACUAGCUCACAUCCUUAACCUCAUCCGUGUGAUAUGGAUCAACUCCAGCUACUACAACACCCGUGACAGGAUCACUGCUCUAUUAUGCAAGAUUAGUAAUGAGAUCAUCCGCCUGUGCUGUCGGGAGAUUUCUCUGGACAGGAUCUUCCAGGGUUAUGUGAUCUCCAGCAAGCAGAUUCUGGAUGACUGUAUCCAGUGCUGCCUGGCCUGGAAAGAGCUCUACCUACACACCUCCCAGCUCCACCACAAAUACUCUUCCCAAGGGUGGUCGCUUGACCAGAUUACCAUAUUUGCUCUGGUGGAUUCCUUUGUGCGGAGAUGCAAAGAUCUAAUAGAGGUGUGUGAGUGUCAGCAGCAGUUUGCUCGCUGGGAAGAGGGUGAGCGAGUCCCAUUGCCAUGCUUUGCUGGACGUCAGGGGUCAGAGGUCACUCAGAGACUGCUGUACAUCGAGGCAACCUUUGACAACAGCCUGCACGUCCUGCGCUCUGUUAAGGACAUCCUGGAUGUCAGAAAUCCCUCUUGGCAUGAGGACUACAGCAGAUUCCGUGGUAAAGUGAAAGAUCUGGAGGUGAUGAUGCAGAAUUUGAUCACUUCGACCUUCGAGACGGUGAACUGUGUGGAGGAAGGCGUACAGCUGCUUGAUGUGUUUCAGCACCUGUCUGGACGAGAGGCAAUCAAACGGACCAUUGACAGAAAGACGGUGGAUGUAUACGCAUUGCUUAAUGCUGAGCUGAGUGAUAUUAAUUUGGUGAUGUGCAGACUGUCAUCUCUCACACCUGCUCAGAUGCCUCGACACGCAGGACAGGGGCAUUGGACUCGAGCACUCCGAUCACGGAUAGAAAGACCCAUGGAGGUUCUUCGGCGAGCUCAUUUCCUCCCACACGUCAGCAGUGGUGAGGAGGUGCAUGUAAAUUAUGCUAAGCUGUGUCAGACUCUGGAUGAGAAGGUGAGGAGGAUCUUCACAGACUGGAGUCAGAGUCUGAACAGAGAGUGUCUCAACAGUCUCAACCAGCCACUCAUGAUCCGCUGUAAAGGGAAGACAGGCCCGCUGGACAUCAACUUUAACAAGAACCUGUUGAAGAUGUUUAAUGAGAUUCAUUACUGGGACCGACUGCUCUUCGAGAUCCCUCACUAUGUGACAGAGGUGUAUCAGCGCAGAGAGGAACUCCACAACCUGAGAGAGAAUGUCCUCCUAGUUGUUAGAGACUAUAACAGAAUCAUUAAGGCUCUAAAUGCAGAUGAGAUGGGCCUCUUUUCUGAGAGAAUUCGGUUCCUGGAUCGGAAAAUCCAGCCAGGCCUUUCAAAACUGCACUGGUCCACAAAAGGAACAGCCAACGUCUUUAUCAAUGACUGCAGAGUGCACGCCAACAAGGUGCAGUUAAUGGUGGAUGAGUAUAAGGCAGCUAGCUUAGCUGCCUCUAGGCUCUGCGAGCAGAUCAGUGAGCUGCUUUUGGUGCAUGUGGAUGGCAAGAUGGUCUAUGGAGACCUGGAGUUCCAGGAGGAUCAGCAGAGUCAUCAGCGUAGCCAGCUGCUCCGACUGCAGAACGCUCACCAGGACAUCAUCAAAAUCAUGGCCAGAGUCUACGGGACCUUCCACCUCGAUGGCCCAGAGGUGCAACAGCAUUGGGUGUCAUACAUGGAGAAGAUGGACCGAAUGAUUGAGGAGGCGUUUCGUGUGAAUAUAAAGCGCUCUCUACAGGAGCUCUCUAAAGCCAUCAAUGGAGAUGGCAAGACAUCUCCAAACCCCUUAUUCAGAGUAGAGGUGGUACUGACACAACAGACUCCUCGAUCUCCUGCUCAGGUGGAUUUCUCCCCUUCUCUCCAGAAACUGGCCCACAUAGUGAACAGCAUUAGCUCUCAGCUCAUCAAGACCAUGACAGGGUUCAAACGUCUGCCAGACCUGCUGACCCGCCAGGCUUCUCAGCGAAAACCUAUCCACAGCAUCAUCGAGCAAGAUGAAGAGAUCUGUAAGAUCCAGGGAGCUAUAGCUGCAGGAAUGGUGACUAAUGCAUCUUACCUGCAGACCUACCUGAAGACCUGGGACAAACACAGAGAGAUCUGGGAAAUCGAAAAAGACGGCUUUAUACAGCGCUACCAGCGGCUAAACCCUACAGUUACCUCCUUUGACGCUGACAUAGCCAGAUACACAGAGGUGGCGAAUAACGUCCAGAAGGAGGAGACAGUGUUAAGUCUGCAGUUUGUGUUGCUGGACUGUUCUCCGCUCAAAUUCUCUCUGUUGCAGCAUUGUAACGAGUGGCAGAGCAAGUUCACACAGCUGCUCAGCCUUAUGGCCAGUGCCAAACUAAAGGAAUUGCACAGCUUCCUGCAGGAAAACGCUCUCAGGGUGUCUCAGCCUCCUCAGACUCUGCCGGAGUUGGGAGAGAGUCUAAAACUUCUGGAAACUCUGCAGGCAGAUCUGAGUAAGAUAGAAAGUCAGAUUCCGCCCAUCCACGAGCAGUUUGCCAUCCUUGAGAAAUACGAGGUUGCCGUCGACCCCGCUGUGUUGGAGUUGCUGGAGGCUCUGAAUUCAGAGUGGGUGCGGUUCCAGCAGGUUGUGAUUGACAGUAACAUCAUGUUGAAGAAACACAAAGACAUGAUGAAGAGUGGGCUGGUCCUCUCCUCUGAGGAGUUUAAGAAGAAGACACAGUCUGCCCUGCAGAGCUUCAAUAGCAAUGGUCCAUUUGGCAGCAGUGUAGCCCCAGAUUCUGCACUGCAGCAGGUAUCAGAGCUGCGUGCCCAGUUGGAGGCUCUUAAGGAAGAGCAGCAGAACAUACGUUAUGGUCUCAACAUCUUUAAUAUUGAACAACCAGCCUCUAAAGACAUCCUCACUCUUGAGAAGGACAUGAAUUACCUGCAGCAGGUAUGGGAGAUCGCCCAGCAGUGGAAGGCUCUUUGGGACGAGUGGAAGGGGGGUCACUUGGCCUCUCUGCAGACCGAGGCCAUGGAUAACACCGCUCAGACCAUGUUCAAAAGACUCCACACACUCAGCAGAGACUUCAAGGACAAGCACUGGGAGGUUGUGGACUUCACCAAGAACAGGAUCAUGCAGUUUAAGAAAAUCAUACCACUGAUCAUAGACCUCAGAAAUCCAGCCAUGAGAGAGAGACAUUGGGACCAAAUAAGGCAAGAAGUGCAGCAGACAUUUGACCCAAGCAGUGCAGACUUCACUCUGGAGAAGAUUGUGGCUUUGGGUCUGGACCACCAUGCAGAGCAGAUCAGUGACAUAUCAGGAGCGGCCAGCAAAGAGCUCUCCAUAGAACAGACACUGGAAGGCAUCACGAAGACAUGGGAGGAAACGGCCCUGGACAUCACACCCUACAAAGACAAAGGUUAUCACAAAUUGAGGGGAACAGAUGAAGUGUUCCAGGCUCUGGAGGAUAACCAGGUGACAAUCUCUGUAAUGAAAGCAUCUCGUUUCGUCAAAGCAUUUGAAAAGGAAGUUGACCACUGGGAACGUAGUCUGUCCCUGGUGCUGGAAGUCAUUGAAAUGAUCCUGACUGUUCAAAGGCAGUGGAUGUAUCUAGAGAAUAUCUUUCUGGCAGAUGACAUACGUAAGCAGUUGGUUCGUGAGACGGCAGAAUUUGAUGAUGUCAACUCCAAUUGGAAGAUCAUCAUGGGCCGACUCGACAAGGACAAAAAUGCCCUCAGAGGAACUCACCAUCCAGGUCUUCUAGAGAAGCUCUCAGAAAUGAACACUAAGUUAGAGGAGAUUCAGAAGUCUCUGGACAUGUACCUGGAGACCAAACGCCAGAUCUUUCCUCGGUUUUACUUCCUGUCUAACGAUGACCUUCUGGAGAUCCUGGGCCAGUCACGCAACCCUGAAGCUGUGCAGCCGCACCUCAAGAAGUGCUUUGACAACAUCAAAAGUCUCCGCAUCAACAAGGUUGGGAUCAAUAACAACAAGUCGGAGGCAAGUGGGAUGUUCUCUGCUGAUGGGGAGUUUGUUGACUUUACUCAUCCUGUUCUUCUGGAGGGGCCGGUGGAGGCAUGGUUGUGUGAUGUUGAGCGAACCAUGCGUUGGACUCUAAAGGACUGUCUGAAGAACUGCUCGAUGGCUCUCAAGAAGAUGCCAGGGAAGAGGGGCAAAUGGGUACGAGACUGGCCUGGACAGAUGUUGAUCACAGCCAGUCAAAUCCAGUGGACCACAGAUGUCACCAGAGCACUCGUGACCAGCAAGGAGAGAGCAGAUAAGGCUGCUCUGAAAUCACUAAAAAAGAAACAGGUGUCCAUGCUCAGUCAGUACUCUGAAGCCAUACGAGGGAACUUAUCAAAGAUUCUGCGCUUGAAGAUCGUCGCCCUGGUCACCGUUGAAGUCCACGCUCGUGAUGUCAUCAGCAAACUGGCCAAAGCAGGCUGUUGUGAUGUCAGUGCCUUUGACUGGCUGUGCCAACUCCGCCUGUACUGGGACAAGGAUGUGGACGACUGCAUCAUCAAGCAGACUAAUACCCACUUCCGCUAUGGCUACGAGUACCUAGGAAACUCUGGUCGUCUGGUCAUCACCCCCCUCACAGACAGGUGCUACAUGACUCUUACCACAGCGCUGCAUCUGCACCGGGGCGGUUCUCCUAAAGGCCCUGCUGGGACUGGGAAGACAGAGACGGUUAAAGAUCUGGGUAAAUCUUUGGGCAUGUACGUGAUUGUGGUCAACUGCUCAGAAGGGUUGGACUUCAAAUCUAUGGGCCGCAUGUACUCUGGCCUGGCUCAGACAGGUGCCUGGGGUUGUUUUGAUGAGUUUAACCGUAUAAACAUUGAGGUGCUGUCCGUGGUCGCUCAGCAGAUCCUCUCCAUCCUGUCUGCUCUGUCUGCGGGACUCAACAAAUUCACCUUUGAGGGGAGACAGAUCGGCUUGGUCUGGUCUUGUGGGAUCUUCAUCACUAUGAACCCAGGCUACGCUGGCCGCACUGAGCUGCCUGAUAAUUUGAAGUCUAUGUUUCGGCCGAUCUCUAUGGUAGUGCCAGAUUCCACCCUCAUAGCUGAGAUCACGCUUUUUGCAGAGGGCUUCAAUAACUGCAAGGUGCUGGCUAAGAAGGUCUUCACUCUGUAUUCUCUGGCAGUACAGCAGUUGUCUAAACAGGACCACUAUGACUUUGGCUUGCGGGCUCUCACCUCUCUGCUUCGCUAUGCUGGAAAGAAGCGCAGAGCUUGCCCUGACAUUGUCGAUGAAGAGAUCCUGCUGAUGUCUAUGAAGGACAUGAACAUUGCUAAACUAAGCUCCAUUGAUCUGCCACUGUUUAAUGGGAUCAUCCAGGAUCUUUUCCCUGCCAUGGAGACACCCACUAUCGACUACGGAAAGCUGAAAGAAGCUAUAGAGGCAGAACUUCGACAGAAUGGUCUCCAGGUGACCCCCUUCACCGUGACCAAGGUAAUUCAACUGUAUGAGACCAAAAACUCCCGACACUCCUCGAUGAUCGUGGGGAAGACGGGCAGCGGAAAGACGGUCACAUGGAGAACCCUUCAAAACGCUCUCAGCACCCUGCACCGCAAAGGAGAACCGGAAUUCAACAUCAUACGUGAGUGUCCACUAAACCCCAAGGCAGUGAGCCUGGGAGAGCUGUAUGGAGAAUACAACCUCUCCACCAAUGAGUGGACAGACGGCGUUCUCUCCUCACUUAUGAGGACAGCCUGUGCAGAUGAGAAGCCUGAUGAGAAGUGGAUUGUGUUUGAUGGGCCAGUGGACACGCUGUGGAUCGAGAGCAUGAACUCUGUAAUGGAUGACAACAAAGUCCUCACACUCAUCAACGGAGAGAGAAUCUCCAUGCCUGAACAGGUCUCAUUAUUGUUUGAAGUGGAGGAUCUAGCUGUGGCGUCUCCUGCUACCGUGUCUCGCUGUGGAAUGGUUUACAACGACUACUCUGAUUUGACCUGGAAGCCUUAUGUUCAGUCCUGGAUGGAAAAACGGCAGAAGGUUGAAAUGGAUCAUCUCAGGCAGCUGUUUGACCGCUACAUAGACAAGACCCUUACCUUUAAGAAGACUCACUGUAAGGAGCUGGUGCCCAUCACUGAACUGAAUGGAGUGGCAUCGCUCUGUAGGCUCUACGACUCACUGGCCACUCCAGGAAACGGGGUGAACCCUGCGGACUCUGAAAACUUUGGGCGUAUGGUGGAGCUAUGGUUCAUCUUCAGUCUCAUAUGGUCUGUGUGCGCCUCUGUAGAUGAGGAUGGACGCAAGAAGAUUGACAACUUCCUGCGGGAAGUAGAGGGAACUUUCCCGAACAAGGACACCAUCUACGAAUACUACGUGGACACCAAGAACAAAACGUGGGCGUCAUUUGAGGACAAGCUGCCCAAAGGCUGGCGCUACGCCUCCAAUGCUCCGUUCUAUAAGAUCAUGGUCCCCACCGUGGACACUGUGCGCUAUCAUUAUCUGGUCAAGGCUCUGGUGUCGGCUCAGCACCCUGUGCUCCUGACGGGUCCAGUGGGGACAGGAAAGACUUCAGUUGCCCAGAAUGUCCUGCAGAGCCUGGACUCAGCCACGUGGGGCAUGCUCACCAUCAACAUGUCCUCACAGACUAGCUCUAAUAAUGUGCAGGAGAUCAUCGAGUCUCGAGUGGAGAAGAGGAUUAAAGGUGUGUAUGUUCCAGUAGGAGGGAAAAAGAUGGUUGUUUUCCUGGAUGAUCUCAACAUGCCCGCCAUGGACGACUUCGGCUCCCAGCCUCCUCUGGAGCUGCUCCGUCUCUGGAUCGACUAUGGCUUCUGGUACGACCGCCAGAAACAGAUCCUCAAGUGUAUCAAGGACAUUUUUCUGCUGGCUGCUAUGGGGCCCCCUGGUGGAGGGAGGACGCAGAUAUCAGGACGCCUUCAGAGUCGCUUUAAUCUUAUCAACAUGACAUUUCCUACAGAGUCUCAGAUAAAGCGUAUCUAUGGCACCAUGAUCAGUCAGAAGCUGCAGGAGUUUGAGGAGGAGGUGAAGCCCAUCGGGGGGGUUCUGACUCAGGCCACCCUGGAGCUCUACCACGCCAUUACCACCCGCUUCCUACCCACGCCCGCAAAAAUACAUUAUCUGUUUAACCUCAGAGACAUCUCCAGGGUGUUCCAGGGUUUACUGCGAGCACACAAAGACUUCCACGACACAAAACAGAGCAUCACCCGCCUCUGGAUUCAUGAGUGCUUCAGGGUCUUCUCUGAUCGACUGGUGGAUCAUGCAGACAUGGAGACUUUUGUGGGACUUCUGUCAGAAAAACUGGCUUCUUAUUUCGAUGUCCCCUACCACACAAUUUGCCCCAACAAACAGCCUCCUCUAUUUGGUGACUUCCUGAGGGAGCCACAUGUGUAUGAGGACCUGUUGGACUUUAAAGCUCUUAAGGUUCAUAUGGAGAACGAGCUAGAGGAUUAUAAUCUGACGCCUGGUGUGGUGCCCAUGAGUCUGGUGCUCUUUAGAGAUGCUAUAGAACAUGUAACGCGUUUGGUACGUGUGAUCAGUCAGCUCCGGGGGAACAUGUUGCUGGUCGGUAUCGGUGGCUCAGGCAGACAAAGUUUAACCAGACUUGCCGCCUACAUCUGUAAGUUUACGAUCUUCCAGGUGGAGGUCACCAAACAGUACCGCAAACAAGAGUUCAGAGAAGAUAUUAAAAAGCUGUAUCGCCUGACAGGAGUGGAAAACAAGCCCACUGUGUUCCUGUUUAAUGACACACAGAUCGUGGACGAGUCCUUUCUUGAAGACAUUAACAACAUUCUGAGCUCAGGGGAGGUGCCCAAUCUCUAUAAAGCAGACGAGCUCGAUGAGAUUCACAAUGCUCUGUCAGACUCCGCAAGGAAGGACAAUAUCCUGGAGACAUCAGAUGCCAUGUUUAACUACCUGAUAGAGCGCGUCAGAAACAACCUGCACAUUGUGCUGUGCAUGAGCCCUGUAGGAGAUCCAUUCAGGAACCGUAUUCGACAGUACCCAGCCCUUGUGAACUGCACAACGAUAGACUGGUUCUCUGAAUGGCCACGUGACGCUCUAUUGGAAGUGGCUGAAAGAUUUUUGGAUGGACUCUCUUUGGGGACCGAGGAUGGGAUCCAGACUAAUGUUUCCAGUAUCUUUGUGACCAUGCACCAGUCUGUGGCCCAGUUCUCUCACAGGAUGAAAGUAGAACUGAAGAGACACAAUUACGUCACACCCACCAACUACCUGGAGCUGGUUUCAGGAUACAAGAAGUUGUUGUUUGAGAAGCGUGGCGAGCUCGGAGAGCAAGUGUCUAAGUUGAGGAAUGGCUUGUUUAAAAUCGACGACACGCGCAGUAAGGUGGAGGCCAUGUCUGUAGAGUUGGAAGAGGCCAAGAAGAAAGUGGCAGAGUUCCAGAAACAGUGUGAGGAAUAUCUAGUUGUCAUUGUGCAGCAGAAGAGAGAGGCAGAUGAACAGCAGAAGGCGGUGGGUGCUCACAGUGAGAAAAUAGAAGCAGAAGAAAUCAAGUGUAAGGCCAUGGCUGAGAACGCUCAGAGAGACCUAGAUGAAGCACUUCCUGCUCUAGAGGAAGCCAUGAAGGCCCUGGAGUCGCUGAAUAAGAAAGAUAUGACGGAGAUCAAGUCUUAUGGCAGACCUCCAGCUCUUGUGGAAACCGUCAUGCAAGCAGUUAUGAUCCUCAGAGGAUGUGAUCCAACUUGGGCGGAGGCCAAGAGACAACUGGGAGAGGGCAACUUCAUUAAGCAGUUGGUGAAUUUUGAUAAGGACAACAUCUCCGACCGCGUGCUGAAGUCUAUUGGACAUUACUGCACGCAGCCCGACUUCCAGCCUGAGAUCAUCGGACGGGUCUCGCUCGCUGCAAAGUCCCUCUGCAUGUGGGUCAGGGCCAUGGAGGUAUAUGGCCGUAUCUACAGGGUGGUUGAGCCAAAGAGAGCCAGGCUGCAUGGAGCAAUGACUCAGCUGGCUGAGAAACAGGCUUCUCUGGCUGACGCCCAGGGCAAACUCAGAGAGGUAGGAGAGAAACUGGAUCAGCUGAAGCGGCAAUAUGAUGAAAAGCUGGCUCAGAAAGAGGAGCUACGGAGGAAAUCAGAGGACAUGGAGCUCAAACUGGACCGGGCCGGCAAGCUGGUGUCUGGACUGGCAGGAGAGAGAGUUCGCUGGGAGGAGACAGUGGCUGGUCUGGAGAAGAACAUGUCCUGUCUGGUGGGAGACUGCCUGCUGGCUGCUGCUUUCCUGUCCUACAUGGGCCCUUUCCUGUCCAACUACAGAGAUGAGCUGGUCACAAAUAUCUGGAUGAAACAGGUGAGAGAAUUGGGGGUGCCGUGUUCUCCGGGGUUCAGCUUUGCCAUGUUCCUGUCUAAACCCACGGCGGUGCGCGAAUGGAAUAUCCAAGGCCUUCCGUCUGAUGCCUUCUCCACUGAGAACGGAGUCAUCGUCACCCGUGGCAAUCGAUGGCCACUAAUGGUGGACCCUCAAGGACAAGCGCAAAAGUGGAUUAAGAACAUGGAGUCCAAACGGGGGUUGAAGGUAAUAGACCUGCAGAUGCCGGAUUUUUUGCGGAUCCUUGAGAAUGCAGUGCAGUUUGGUUCCCCAGUUCUUUUGCAGAACGUCCAAGAGGAACUAGAUCCUUCACUAGCCCCCAUUCUCAACAAGUCCUUCACAAGAGUUGGUGGACGUUUCUUGUUAAAACUAGGAGAUAAAGAAGUGGAAUACAGUCCUGAAUUCCGUUUCUACAUGACCACCAAACUGUCCAAUCCGCAUUACACUCCUGAAAUCUCUUCCAAAACCACCAUUGUCAACUUUGCUGUUAAAGAACAGGGUCUGGAGGCCCAGCUGCUGGGGAUCGUGGUGAGGAAGGAGCGUCCUGAGCUGGAGGAACAGAAGGACUCUCUGGUGAUCAACAUCGCCUCUGGCAAGAGGAAACUGCAGGAGCUGGAGGACGAGAUCCUGCGGUUGCUGAACGAGGCGUCCGGCUCCCUGCUGGAUGACGUUCAGCUGGUGAACACCCUGCAGACCUCCAAAGUCACGGCCACGGAGGUCGCAGAACAACUGGAGAUCAGCGAACUGACCGAGAGCCAAAUCGAUACCGCCAGAGAGGCCUACCGCCCCUGUGCCCAGAGGGCGUCCAUCCUGUUCUUUGUACUGAAUGAUCUGGGCUAUAUAGAUCCCAUGUAUCAGUUCUCUCUGGACGCCUACAUCAACCUGUUCACCCUGAGUAUAGAGAGCAGCCCCCGCAGCCACAAACUGGAGGAGAGGAUAAACAACCUCAACAGACACCACACUUAUGCCGUCUACAGAUACACCUGUCGAGGACUGUUUGAGUGUCACAAGCUCCUGUUCAGUUUCCACAUGUGCGCCAAGAUCCUGGAGGCGUCCAGAAAGCUCAACGUUGAUGAAUACAGCUUCUUUCUCCGGGGGGGACUGGUUCUGGAUAAGGAGAAACAGAUGGAUAACCCCUGCUCUAGCUGGCUGUUGGACUCUAACUGGGACAACAUAACUGAACUGGAUAAACUGACUAAUUUCCAUGGACUCAUGGCCUCGUUUGAGCAGUACCCUCGAGACUGGCACCUCUGGUACACCAAUCCAGAACCAGAGAAAGCACCACUUCCUGGAGAAUGGCAAAAAAACUGCAAUGAGCUCCAGAGGAUGCUGAUUGUACGAUCUCUCCGACAGGAUCGAGUCUCUCUCUGCGUCACGACUUUCGUCAUCAAUAACCUGGGCUCUCAGUUCGUAGAGCCGCCCAUUCUUGAUAUGAAGGCUGUUUUAGCGGACAGCACCACAAGGACUCCUCUGAUCUUUGUGCUGUCCCCUGGUGUGGACCCAACAGCAGCCCUGGUUCAGCUGGCAGAGAUGUCAGGCAUGGGUCAGCGAUUCUUUGCCCUCUCUCUGGGUCAGGGCCAGGCUCCCAUCGCAACACGACUGAUCAAAGAGGGAGUUGCAAAUGGUCAUUGGGUGUUCUUGGCUAAUUGUCACCUGUCUCUCUCUUGGAUGUGUGAGCUGGAUAAAAUAGUAGAUGAGUUACAAAUCCAAGAAUGUCAUCCAGAUUUCCGACUGUGGCUAAGCUCCUCCCCUCACCCAGAAUUCCCCAUUGCCAUCCUGCAGAUGGGCAUCAAAAUCACCACUGAGCCUCCUAGGGGGGUGAAGUGGAAUAUGAAGCGUCUCUAUCAGCGGGUGUCUGAGUCUCAGUUCUCGCGCUGCUCGCGGCCGCUGCUGUACCGUAAGCUGCUCUUCACUCUCUGCUUCUUCCACAGCAUCAUCCAGGAGAGAAGGAAGUUCCUACAGCUCGGCUGGAACAUUGUCUACAGCUUCAACGACUCUGACUUUGAGGUGAGUGAGAAUCUUCUGAGUCUUUAUUUGGAUGAGUAUGAGGAAAUCCCCUGGGACGCUCUCAAGUUUCUCAUCGCUGGGAUCAACUAUGGAGGACAUGUGACCGACGACUGGGACCGGCGUUUACUCACCACCUACAUCAACCAAUAUUUCUGUCCUGCUGUUAUUGAUACGCCCUUCUUUAAGGUCUCCUCGUUGGUGCAUUACUAUGUUCCUCGUGAUGGGCCUCAGUCCUCAUAUUUGGACUUCAUUGGUCAGUUGCCAGCUCUGGAGCACCCAGAAUUAUUUGGACAACACCCCAAUGCUGACAUCGCCAGCCAGAUCACCGAGGCUCGAACCCUCUUCCACACACUACUGUCUCUGCAGCCACAGGUCACCAGCACAGACGCCACCAGCACUGGAGCCAGCAGGGAAGAUAAGGUGUUGGAACUUUCUGCUGAUGUUCUGCAAAGGAUUCCUGCUGAGAUUGACUAUGAGGGUACUAGAAAGUUGCUAAAGGAUGACCUUUCACCUCUAAAUGUAGUUCUGCUGCAGGAGAUCCAAAGAUACAAUGCAUUGCUGCACACCAUCAGAUUAUCUCUCUUAGAGCUAGAGAAGGGCAUUAAAGGUCUGGUUGUGAUGUCCAGCAGUCUAGAGGAGAUAUUUCGCAAUAUCCAUGAUGCUCGUGUACCUCCUCUCUGGGAAAAGGCGUACCCAUCUCUGAAGCCCUUGGCAUCUUGGACGAGGGACCUGUGCCAGCGCGUGGAGCAGUUUGCUCGCUGGGCGGAAACCGCUCGCCCUCCUGUCCUCUUCUGGCUGUCUGGAUUUACCUUCCCUACAGGAUUCCUCACCGCUGUACUGCAGAGCUCUGCACGCCAGAACAACGUGUCUAUAGACUCUCUAUCCUGGGAGUUCAUUGUCAGCUCUAUGGAUGACAAGAAUCUGCAUUCCCCUCCCAAGGAUGGUGUGUACAUCCAGGGUCUGUAUCUGGAUGGGGCAGGCUGGGAUAAGAAGGCUUCCUGUCUGGUAGAGGCAGAGCCCAUGCAGCUAGUCUGUCCCAUGCCCUCCAUCCACUUCAAACCUGUGGAGAGCCGCAAGAGGGUCGCCAAGAACAUGUACUCCUGUCCCUGCUACUACUACCCUGUGCGGUCCGGUGGAAGUGGUCGGCCGUCAUUCGUGGUGGCCGUUGAUCUGAAGUCUGGAGCCGUGCCUUAUGAUCACUGGAUCAAGAGAGGAACCGCUCUGCUCAUGAGCCUUGAUAGCUGAACACACUCACACUUUCAGUGACACUAGAUUAACACUCCAGGUCUAAUUUUAUGCAAUCCACAAAAGAGGACAAGCACUUGUUAUACCCUUUUACACACUGAGUCAAUUUAAGAAGAGAAAUUCAUAUGCGUUAAAUCACAAGAGAUGAAAUGAAAACUAGCAAUUUGUUAUGUUUUAUGGAAUUAAUUUAAAUGUUUAAUAAAACAGCUCAGCAUUUCCUCAUUCAUUGGUGUUGCAGAUUUUCCAGACAUAAAAAAAAAAAAAAAAUAAUAAU